CGACUUUGAAUUUGAACAACAAUAGCCUACACUUGUCCAUACCGGUCCCUGCCGGCACGAAGUUUCAAACGUCUCCCUGAUGUCCUUUGUAUCUAUCGGCGAGCAUCCCUAACCGUCACUCCACCGUCUCCUCCUAUUGGACACUUACGCUGCACCUGUUCGACUCACCCGCCAACCGCACGCUUCGCUCUGUGUACUCCAAGAUGGCGGCUUCCAGUGCUCCGUAUCAGACAUCAUCGCGUAUGAAAGCUAAAUAUGACCAUCUACCGCUCGUUUAAACGUUUGAAGAGACAGACCAGAAGUGACCGAGGGGGGCUGAGUUGUCGCCAGUAAAACGCGGAAACGGUUUCCAUAUGGUUUGUCGGCGCAAGGAGCCGGUCUCGGUGUCGGUGUGAAGGGGGUUGUGUUAUCCGAGUAUGGCCACCGAGAACAGGAUCAAUUUUUGGAGGAGAAACGCAAAGGUUCCCGGAAGGUAUCUCAAAGACACAAAUCCUCAGUUCAACAAUCUCAAGUCUAAAAAGGCCUCUAGCUUCCACGAGUUCGCCCGCAGCACCAAUGAUGCUUGGGACAUCGACGAAGAGGAGGACGAGGAUUUCCUCAGGACCCCCGCCCAAACGUCACCAGGCCUCCACUCUACUUCCACACAGAACCAGCAGCAGCAGAAUGAGGCUGUUGACACAGAAACUGGGGUGUCACACAGACUGGCACCUCCCAGGACAGAAGCUGAAAACCUCCAGGGUGGGCAGGAAGAGGACGCAGAGUGCGAGCAUGUCAAUGGCAAGGUUGUCAAGUCUAGUAGUGACGCCUAUCUCAACACGUCCUCAGUUCGCUCCACACUGCAGAAGCAGCAGUCUCUCCCAGUUCGUCCCAUCAUCCCACUGGUGGCACGCAUGUCAGACCAGAACGCGUCAGGGGCACCGCCCAUGACGGUGCGGGAGAAGAGCCGACUGGAUAAGUUCAAGCAGCUACUGGCUAGUCCCAACACUGACCUAGAGGAACUCCGGAAGCACAGCUGGUCAGGCAUACCAAGAGAAGUCCGGCCAAUCACAUGGAGACUUCUCUCUGGCUACCUCCCGGCCAACAAGGAGCGCAGAGAGCUGGUGCUAAAAAGGAAGCGGGACGAAUACUUUGGCUUCAUAGAGCAGUAUUACCACUCCAGGACAGACGAGCACUAUAAAGACACAUACAGACAGAUCCACAUCGAUAUUCCAAGAACCAACCCUCUGAUUCCCUUGUUCCAGCAGCCCGUAGUACAAGAGGUGUUUGAGCGUAUUCUCUUCAUCUGGGCCAUCCGUCACCCAGCCAGCGGUUACGUCCAGGGAAUCAAUGAUCUGGUCACACCCUUCUUUGUCGUCUUCCUCUCUGAGUUUGUCACAGAAGAUGUGGAGAACUUUGAGGUGGCAGCGCUGCCCCUGGACACCCGGAGAAACAUCGAAGCUGACAGUUUCUGGUGCAUGAGCAAGCUGCUGGAUGGAAUACAGGACAACUACACCUUUGCUCAGCCUGGAAUCCAGAAUAAAGUGAAAGCUUUAGAGGAGCUGGUCAGCAGGAUAGACGAGGACAUUCACAAUCAUUUUAAGAGGUAUGAGGUGGAGUAUCUGCAGUUUGCUUUCCGAUGGAUGAACAAUCUGCUGAUGAGGGAGCUGCCGCUUCGUUGCACUAUUCGUCUCUGGGACACCUACCAGGCUGAAGCGGAGGGUUUCUCCCACUUCCACCUGUACGUCUGUUCUGCUUUCCUCAUCGAGUGGCGCAAAGAAAUCCUCUCCAUGGUUGACUUUCAGGGCCUUCUUAUGCUACUGCAGAACCUUCCUACAAUCCAUUGGGGUAACGAGGAAGUGGGUCUCCUCCUGGCCGAAGCGUAUAGACUGAAGUACAUGUUCGCAGACGCACCCAGCCACUACAAGAGAUAGGUCCGAGGCCGCUUCGCCGCACAGCACAGCACAGCACACACUCAACUCUGAAAUCCAGCCAGACUGUGACUGGAAGGACCCACAGUGUUUGAGAUACUCCAGACGUCAAGUCUUUGUCUUUGAGGUAACCUGGAAGAGACAGACAAAAACUUCUCCUGUGAAAAUGAAGUCCAGCGAAUGUCACAUUGGAUUUGGGUUUAUGGUGCACCCAUAGAGCUCAGUGAACUGGAGACUAUUAGCAGUCGAGGUACUGCACUGUAUCGAUGGACUGUUACGGUAUUAAUAGCUAUAGCUGUGCCACCUUGGUUUACUUAUACAGUUUUUGGUCAUGCAACAUUAAUUGUCUCUCAACUGAAAUGUACACUCAGAAGAGCACGCUGUAAUAUAAAAGGGAUGACGUUUGUGAUCAUCCUUUUAGUGAAAAGAUGGCAUCUACAGAUUCUAUUUUUUUGAAGAUAUGUUUUGGUAGUUGUUUAACCCGGGAACAAUAUUAAAUGUAAACCAGGCAACUACAGUACUUUAUUUUCUCUUUUUAAACUUAUUUAGUCUAACACUGUCAAGCUGUUAUAAAUAAUAUGCCCCCCCCUAAUGAGUAGAAUUAUGUUCUGGUUCAGGGCUACCAAAUUUGCACUGUACAAUCAACUUAUAGGUACUUAUUUCGCACUUCAUCGAGUUAGUUUAAUUCGUUGCCAGUACUGGUAUUUUGGAUUGUAUUGGGGUAUUAGACCUAAGAGUAGCAAAUAUUAGGUACAGUGUUUUAUUUCAGGUUGUGUUUUGGGUUAAAAGUUGAGAAACUGAUUUGGUAUCAGUUAGCCUUGGUCAUUAGAAAUCAGCAUUUUGAAUCACUAUGAGGCUCUUGGGUAUGAUAUAAAUCAACAAGACCAGGAACAAUGGUUAAUGUAGCUUUGAAAUUCCUUGAUCAUAUGUCAGCUAAAAUAGGCUUUAUUUUAUUUUGGAACUCACUUAGCUAAAUCUACAUUGUAUUAUAUUUUUGAAAGUUAUAAAAAACAUUUUUAGUUAGAGAUAGUGGCACAUUACCCUGGCAAUCCAGGUUUCUCGCGAGAGCCCAAUUUGAAUUUCUGGCAGUCACUCUGGCAUUCAGUAAUGAUGCUCAUUAACUAUGCCCUUGUAGCCGAGCUGCACCAAUCACAUCGGUGUAUCUGAUAUAGGCAGGCCAGAGGCCAGCUGAACAGAUGACGACCGCGCUGCGAUGUCAAAGUCAUUAGUAAACAUUGCAAGAUGGCUACAGAUGAACAAUGAACGAGUUAGACCUGGCU